GCUCGAGUGAAGGUGGGUGAUUCUGUGCGUGCGUGUGCCCGGAAAGUGCGAGUUUUUUGGAAAUGUGGCAGGAUCUGGACGGUCUGGGGGGUGCGAGAGUGAAUUCUGGUGGUCAUCAGGUCGACCAGUUCAACGCAACGGAAUUGACGCCCGAGCAGCAGAAGAUCCUGAUAGACAUAAGGCGAAAAAAGGCGGACCUGCUGCUCGAAAUACAACAACUGAAAGAUGAGCUGGGCGAGGUGGUGGCUGAGAUGGAGGCGAUGGAGGGCGGCGGGCUCGCGGCCGACGAGACCAAGCCCUCGAACAAGGCGAAACAGACGUCGAUCGGCCGCAAGAAGUUCAACAUGGACCCGAAGAAAGGGAUCGAGUACCUGAUCGAGCACAAUCUGUUGGCCGCGACGCCCGAGGACGUCGCCCAGUUUCUCUACAAGGGCGAGGGAUUAAACAAGACCGCGAUCGGCGACUAUCUUGGGGAAAGGCACGACUUCAACGAGAGGGUGCUUCGAGCGUUCGUCGAACUCCACGAUUUCACGGAUCUGAUCCUGGUCCAGGCGCUCAGGCAGUUCCUCUGGUCGUUCAGGCUGCCCGGCGAAGCGCAGAAGAUCGACAGGAUGAUGGAAUGUUUCGCGCAGAGGUACUGCCAGCUGAACCCGAACAUCUUCACGAACACCGACACCUGUUACGUGCUCAGCUUCGCGAUCAUCAUGCUGAACACCUCGUUGCACAACCCGAGCGUCAAGGACAAACCGAGCGUCGAGCAGUUCAUUUCCAUGAACAGGGGUAUCAACAACGGCGGUGAUCUGCCGCGCGAGCUACUUGUGAGCCUCUACGAAAGUAUAAAGACGGAACCGUUCAAGAUACCGGAAGACGACGGCAACGACCUGAUGCACACGUUCUUCAACCCGGACAAGGAGGGCUGGCUCUGGAAGCAAGGCGGACGUUACAAGAGCUGGAAGAGACGAUGGUUCAUAUUGAACGACAACUGUCUCUACUACUUCGAGUACACGACGGACAAGGAGCCACGAGGCAUCAUUCCGUUGGAGAACAUUCAGGUCAGAGAGGUGCAGGAUCGACACAAGCCGCACUGCUUCGAGCUGUACGCCGCCGGCUCCGAGUUCAUCAAGGCGUGCAAAACAGACAGCGAGGGAAAAGUUGUCGAAGGUAAGCACACCGUGUACAGAAUGUCCGCGGCCACGGACGAGGAGAAAGAAGAAUGGAUCAAGUGCGUGCGGCAAAGCAUAUCGCACAAUCCAUUCUACGAUAUGCUGGCGGCCAGAAAGAAGAAGGCACAAAAGACGAAUGUGCACUCGAAGAGCUAAACAUCGCCGGGGACACAGCUUCGCGAGAAGCUUUGGCGAGACACAAGACUGUCUAUUCACGAGCCUGCGUCGCGACGGUUCAGGAUCGUGAAGUACAAUCAAACGAACGCUGGACGGAGGUCCAUCGGGAGAGGGCGCGCACGCGCGCCAAGAAUCUCGCAGGAUAGGUGGACUUUCACGGUUGCCUGUGAUGGAUCAUCGUGUCAGCGCGCGGCGUCGAUCGUACGCGAGUCGGAAGACGAUAUAGGAGAGAAAGAAAUAGAAAAACGAUGCCAUUGACUGAGAGUCGUACGCCGUCGCGUUUUGUAUAGGGAAGAGCUGCGCUUUAGGGGCCUAGACACACGUGUAUUAUUAAAACGAAACUCGAAGCUAGACUCGAACGGUGUUUCCCCCCAGAACAGACGAGGAACGCUUUAAGUUAUUGUAAAGGUUUGAGGACAGGGUCCGUAUAACUGCUGGAAGAGAUACAACGUAGUCGUAAAGUAGACCGAAUGCUGAAGUAUAGAUAGGAGUAACAGAUAGAGAGAGGUAGUACAGCCAGGUAGACCAUAAGGAGAAAUUUUUUGAUACAGAGAGAGGGGACAACAAACGGUAUAAUGACAGUAGAGAACCUGACAUCUUCCAUCAGUGGCUACGCAAAUAUCCAUUUCAUGUUAGUUUUCCUUUUGGACUAGUUCUGAAAAUCUUUGCAAUGCCGAAGAUAGCCCUAGUUAGAUCUACAAAAAAGAGCCUCUGUUUAUGGUGCCACUAAGUUUACUACCUCACUGUAUUCAAGUACACUUAUGUUUUGACUGCUGAGAAAGACAAAUUGCCACAAAUAUGGUGAGUGUGAAGGGUUUUGGACCUCACCUAGGGUCGUACGAACUGUCUAAAUUUUGUUUCAAUUCACUAUCAAUGACUAUUUACAACAACAGGAAAAAACUCUAAUGUAAUGAAUGCCAAUUAAAAUUUGCGUAGUUUUCCUGUUAAUAAAAGAAUUGUUGAUAGUUGUCGGUAACAUAUUUUUAGGCUAUAACACAGAAUGAUGCAACGAUAUUAGUAGAAUUCGUUCGUUAAGGGUCCACUU